AUGGAGUUCGACCUGUCGGCAGCCGUGGAGUCCACCUCCAAGAAGCCCCAGGGGGCAGGCAAGGUGGGAGACCCCAAGCACAGCCCCAAGGUUCAGGGCGGGUCCGCUGAUCACCUAAAGCAUCACCACGGCCAUGGCCACGGCCAAGGGAGCGCCUCAGACUCCAGCAGCAGCUCCACUGAUUCGGAAAAUGAGGUGAAGCCCGGCUCGGAGCUGCACAAGAGCACCCCGGGCAAGGUCAAGAAGCCCAAGGUGAAAAAAGAGAAGAAGAAGAAGGAAGAAGGGAAGAAGAAGGCUUCCCAUUGA